AUGACUUCACCACAACCUCCAUACUGGCAGAACCCUCAGGGCCAGCCUGGUUAUUCUGGACAGGGACAACCUGGUCAAGGUUACUAUCAACCUCCCCAAGGGCAACAACAACAACAACAGCCUUACGGCUACCCUCAGCAGGGGCAUCCAGGAGCCCCUCCAAACCAGCAGUACGGGUAUUCAGCUCCCCCUGGCCAGCAACAGUACCCUCCUCCGGGCCAACAAGGUCAAUAUCAGCAACCUCCUCAAGGAUAUCCACAACAGGCUCCCUAUGGCCAACCACCUGCUCCCCAAUCUCAUUAUGGGCAGCAGCCACCACAAGCUCCCUACGGUCAAGGGCAAUAUCCCCAGUCCCAUUACCCCCCUCAACCUCACGGUGCUCCUCAGCAAGUUCAACCUCCGCAUCCGGAUCAACAAUGGCAUCAUCAAGCAGGACAACAGCAAUAUGGCGCGCCCGCAUUCAAUGCUCAGCCAACGCCAGCUUCGCCAGGCUAUGACCCAGCUCAAAAGGCUUGGGUUCAGCCUGUAGACACAUCAGCAGACGCAGAGACUCUUCGAAAGGCUAUGAAAGGCAUGGGCUGUGACGAGCGAGCAUUGAUUCGGGUCUUAGUAAACCCCAAGUAUGCUAAUCCUUGGACCAUGGCUCAGCUUGUACGAGACUACAACAGCCGUUUCAUGCGUGACCUAGCCAAGGAUAUCGAGAGCGAGACUCGAGGCGACUUUGAGACGUGUCUUCUCGCCUUGAUUCGCGGACCGCUUGAAAACGAUGUCCAUAACCUGUCAAAAGCCCUCAAUCGCGCGGGUACUGACGAAGAUGCUCUCAACGACGUACUUCUUUGUCGAUCAAACGCGGACAUCCGUGCUAUUUGUGCCGAGUACAGGCGUGUCCGAGGAAAGGAACUUCACGUUGAUGUGAAGGACGACGUCGACGAUACUCUGUACAGACUCUACAGCAUGGUGCUAUCAGCCACUCGCGCAGAGGACAGUGCGCCUGUGAUACCUGCAGAGAUUGAUCACAAAGUCACAGAGAUUCAAAAAGCUACUGAAGGAAUGAUUGGUGCUAACGCCGUUGCUGUGGCGCAAAUCUUCACCAGCAGCAACGACGCCCAACUGCGCGCCAUUAACGAAGCGUAUCAGUUCAAGUACCACCGCAGUCUCGAGACCGUGAUUGAGAAGGAGUUCCGAGGUGACAUGGAGGAUGCUCUGUUACGCAUGCUCUAUCAUGCUUUGGACCGGGCUCGGUCCGAUGCGGGACGACUGCAGAGACCCCUGAACAAGUCUUUUGGGAAAAGCCGACUCUUUAUCAAUAGGCUUGUCAGUCUCUACUGGGAUCAGGGACGCUUACAUCAGACGAAUAUGGCAUACAAGCCAGUGACGGGUGCGACUUUGGCUGGGAACAUCAAGUCUGAGCUGAGCGGCGAUUAUGAAGACUUUGCUUUGGCGAUAAUUGGGGAGAAGUAA